AUGCCGAUCAAGGAAGAUAUCCCUGCGGGACAGGAGCAAUCUUCCAUUCCUGCUGGGCUCAAGGAAGGCGAAAAUUCAGUGCACGUGGAAGAUAUUCCAUCUCUGUCAGAUGACGAACAGGCAUUUCUUAGUAACUUCACCGAUGAGCAAAGAAAGAAAGUGAUGUGGAAAUUGGAUAUCAGACUCAUACCUAUGCUGGCUUUCCUUUACCUCAUGGCCUACCUUGAUCGUGCUAAUAUUGGAAACGCCAAGAUCGAAGGUCUCAUGGAAGACCUCAGCCUUUCUGGAGAACAAUACAAUAUUGCGCUUUCGAUAUUCUUUGUACCAUACAUCAUUCUUGAAAUGCCUAGCAACACCCUUCUUCUCAAGUUCAAACGCCCCUCGCACUACCUUGGCCUCCUCAUCACUCUAUGGGGCCUCGUUAUGACCUUGACAGGGAUCGUCAGGAAUUUCGGGGAUCUUGUUGCCUGCCGAUUUUUGCUCGGCGUGUUUGAGUCUGAGUUCUUUCCAGGGGCCGUCUUCACUAUAUCGCGCUGGUAUCUUCCUGGCGAGACACAAGUUCGAAUCGCUCUCUUCUAUUCCGCGAGUGCUCUCACUGGUACGUUUUCGAGUCUUCUUGUCUUUGCGAUCGUGAAUCUCGAUGGUGUCGCCGUGCUUGAGGGCUGGAGGUGGAUAUUUAUCUUAGAGGGUAUCGUCUCUGUACUAGCUGGUGUUUUCACUUUUUUCUUCUUGAUUGAUACACCUGCACUCUCUUCUUGGCUCACGCCAAAUGAACGCAAGUACCUAGAGCUCUGGCAACUUGCUGUCCAAGGCAACAGCAUACGCGUGACAGAAGCUGAAAAAUCGAGGAGGAGGGAGAUCGCCAAGUCUGUGAUUCUCGACUGGCAGCUUUACCUUCAGGCUCUAAAAUAUGGGCUAUACAAGCAGCCUUUUAUUGUUGGGGCGCAACUACUCGUUGUCAUCUCGUUUGCUGUCCUCUUUGUCAAGGCAGAUGAUAUUGCUUCGAAUAUCCCAGCUUGUUACUUUGCCAUUUUCCUCGCGAAUAUUGGGUUCUACCAGAUCAACCCUGGAGGUAAUGCAUGGACGCUAAGCAAUCUGGCCGGGCCGACCAAGAGAAGCCAGGGUAUUGCGUACAUGAUCUGCCUCGGUAAUAUUGGUGGAAUAAUUGGCAGUUUCAUCUACAUUGAAAAAGAGAAACCGAAGUAUCCGACAGGCUUUGGUACAUCGCUUGCGUUUGCGGGCCUUGGUAUUAUCGCCCGCUUUGUCCUAGAAUUUGCAUUCUGGAGGAUCAAUAGGACACGUGCUGCAUUCAAUGAAGACGAGAUUUAUGAGAGGUACUCCGACGAGGAAUUGGAGAGGAUAGGAGAUCGUUCCCCUCUUUUCCGAUAUACACUUUAA